UUUAUAAAAUGGAUUUCAGCCUAGGGUUUCUUUAGUCUCCCCUUUCCUUUUUUUUCUUGCAGCAAAUACUGAAAGGCCGUCUGAGCAGUACGAUGUACAGAAGAAGAGUUGAAAGGGUGCUGAACACCAACGAUGCUGUCUAAUCAUCUCUGCUAAACAAUGACAUUUCCAUAUAUACAAUCAACACUAGUUUGGGAAUCUGCAAACAGAUGUGAAUGGGUGGCAGUUACAGAGAAAACGCUCCAAAGUAAAUACUUGUGAUCGAUCCUUCAAAACGGCAUAAAUUGUCAAGAGCUCCUUAGCUGUUCUCAAUAGAAACAUUUUGAUAGUCCUUGGACAAAGCAUCAUGAGGGUAAUAAGAUGAUAAGGAACUCAGCAGAAACUGUUACACCCAGAAAGCAAGAAGGAUGUGCUGAAGAUGAGAAGAAAGCAAAAGGAUCUUACAGCUUGAAGGCUUGGGCUGGACUGAAGGACCCAAGAAUUGUAAGAGUUUCGCGUUCUUUUGGGGGCAAAGAUAGGCAUAGCAAAGUAAGGACAAUUAAAGGUCUGAGAGAUAGGCGUGUAAGGCUUUCUGUGUCAACUGCUAUACAACUUUAUGAUCUCCAAGACAGGCUCGGUCUCAAUCAGCCCAGCAAGGUUGUUGAUUGGCUGAUUAAGGCUGCCCAACAUGAAAUUGACGAACUCCCCCCACUCCCCAUUCCUCAAGAGUGUGAUUUCAGUUUCCAAGCAUCCAUCUCCAAUUCAGAUUUGGACGGCGACAGAUAUUCCGGUGUUCAAUCUCUGAACUUACUCUCGAACAAGAGUGGUGCCAUGGAAGGUGCAGUUGUCAGUGAUCCUGAUGAGAAGAGCAUCGCCAGACUUCAGUUUGGCAGCCAUGAUAUAGCCUUGAGGUCUGAUCAGUUUGGGUCUGAGAAAGAAAUGAUCAAUCAGGAGAAGUCCAGUGCUUCGUGUAAAAGGUAUGAACAAGGAAGCCAAUCUUCUCCCCAAUUACUCCAUAAUUCACAAAUUAUGAGCCCGUUUCAUCUUCCCCACCAACCUUCAUACCCCAGCUUGCUCAUCAAUGCACUGCCAUCCAAUCCUUUCGCCCAAAGAGAUUCAAGUCAUUUUUUGGCACAUCUAGGUGCCCAAACUCACUCAGUUCAAGCUCACGAAAACAAUAGUUGCAGCAACAAUUCUGUAUUCUCCUCACUGUCGUUAUCAUCUGGAUCACACCUUCUCUUUUACCAACCUAUUCAAGGGCAACCCUCUAGUCCCUCAUUUGUGACAACUCCUUUGGAACUUGAUCACUCCAGGCAGCUCAGUCACCCCCAAUUGCUGAAUAUGAGUCUGCAAAGCGCACAACCAACUUCUCCUUCAUCAACCUUCGGCAACCUAAGCCAAUCUUUCAGGCAUCCCUACGGGGCUAUAGCUUCCAAUCUCCACCAUUACCAACAAAACAUUUCUCAUUCGCCUGAUACGUCAGAGAAGGGGAAGAAUGUUUAGGUCGUGAUUUUGGUGGCGGUCUUCUUCCAAAUGGUUUCAGUAUGCUCUCCUCAAGAGCGCUUAUGGGCAGACUGUUAUCUUACAAACAGCAGCGUGGAAAGCUUCAGUGCUAAGGUAAGUACUAGAAACCCGUUGAGCAAGACGAUGACGAGAUAAAGUGGCAGAAGCAUAGUAGUAUUCUGCACACUCAAACCUGCAAUAGUAUUCAAUAAUAUUUAUAGGACGCACUGCUGUAGCUUUCAUCUCCACUACCCAAAAAUAAAUAAUAAAAAAAAGUCCUGGGUUAAACUAAGGGAAGAAUAUAUAUGAGAUGAUGAAGUUAUUAAUUCGUAUUAUAGUUAUUUUUGUGUGAAGUGAGUUCUCUAUGCUGGUCCUUCCUAUUCUCUGGUGUGUAAAAGUGGCAUUGUUCUGUCUACUUUGUUUCUUAUUAUUGUUCAUCAAUAAACUCUUGGAUCAUGUUUCCUUUUUUUAAAUCAAAGCGGAGCUGUUCAAGGCUCCACUACAUAGAGAUUGUAAGCCUUUGAUUUCUGAAAUCCCACAAACGCCUAUCAAGCUA